GGGCGGUGCUGUGGCGCCGUGCGGGAGCAGGAGCGGGGCUCGGUGCGCUCGCGCCGUUCCUCGGCCCUCAUGGCUCCUGCCCGCAGGAAGGCGGCCGCGGGCGCGCGCGGCAGGAAGCUGAGCGCCUUCCUGAAGGACUUCGACCGGGAGGUGAGGAGCCGGGUCGAGCAGCUGCGGACGAACGGGGAGCGCCUGGUCAAGGAGAUGGAGAACCUGUACGACGUGGAGCUCCUCCGGCUGCCCGCGGCGCUCCGCGAGAUGAACUGGCUGGAGUUCUUCGGUGACGCUGACCGAGCCUCAGGAGCCCCGGGCGGCACGUGGCUAGAAGUGAGAGCUCAGUCCAUCUGCAGGUUUGGAGGCACAUGCCUGCCAGCAUGGACGGAGCCUGGGUGGGGACCUGGAGACCUCAUCGCCCACGCGGCCUCAUCUCGGCCCAGUUCCCCAGCCCCGGGCCCCAGUACUCCAUCCCGGGGACAACAGGUUAUGUGGGCCACAGCCCCACCAAAGCCCGUGCCCCCGCCUACACGUUUAGAGGGACCAAACCGCCUGCGGCAGGGAGCUGCGGGCCAGGUCCCUGCUACUUUGUGGAGCCCGCCAUCACCAGGAACGGGAAGUACGUGGCUCCGGGCGCCCCAGCUCCGGGGACGACCCGCGACGAAGACCACCGUCACUCCGGACCAAGUGAGUACCACUUGUGCAGCACUUCACCCAGACAAGACGACGCGGGCGGCGCGUUUGCCCGGGGCCAGCUCGCGCCCUGAUGGAGCUACGGCCGGGGAAAGAGAGAGCCUUGAUGUGACCCCAGCCCUGUAUGGUCGUGACUCUCUUGCAGACUCCGGGUCCUGCGGCGCUCCCAAAGUGCCUGUGGAUGCCUACAAGACCAGGGCGCCCGCGUACACGAUGGCAGCCCGACCAAAAGCUGGAGAGGGCAAAGCACAGCGAAGCCGAGGCCGGCCAGACUACAGCGUAGGCCGGGUGACGCUGAUCAAGCCCCAGCGCCUGCAUCCACGUUGGAAUCCGGCAUUCCCUCUACACACCCCUCUCAUCGUGGAGUGA